AUGAAUGGCAAUGAUGAUUGUCUUCAACCUGUUAAAUAUCUCGGUAAAGUACGUUCAAUGUAUGCUCACGGAAUGGGUGUAGCUAUUGAGCCUGUACGUAUUGUUUGGGCUCGUUCGAAAAAAGGUUCACGUUACAAUCGUUGUGCUGUGUCAAUACAUCCGUUUGGUUUAUCCAUCUACGAAGAAAUAGCUAAUGGAACAUAUAAAAAUGUAUGGUCCGAUGCUAUUGAAGAUAUAUCUUAUUGUGUUGCUGAACCAUUACAUCGUCGUAUAUUUGCGUGGAUUGCGCGAUCUCCACAUACCAACGAACUUGAAUGUCACGUUAUACUCUGUAAAACAAGUAAACGUGCUCGCAUUCUUGCUGAACUACUAGCAAAAUCAUUUCAUGAUUCCUAUCGUUAUCGGCAGCAACAACAGCAGCACCACCACCAACGAGGCAGUGAAACCGCAUCAUUAUCAGCUCGUUGCUCCGUAUGUGAUACUCUUGCCCGAGAACAGCAAAAUAAUCGAAUGCGCCCAUCUCUAUUUCGAAGUCAUUCGCAUGACCAUGGCUACAAUGACGACAUCGAACAUAGUCGACAACAAAUGCACAAUGAUUAUGAACGAAUGUCAUUUAAUGCACAACCAAUUGCACGAGCUUUUGUACGAAGCUAUGAAAGCAAUUCAAUGAAUAGCAGUAGUCGUCGAAGUAUUGAUAAUGAUACAACGUUAGCUGAUGAAGAAUCAAUUAAACCAGUUGAAUAUUAUCGAGGAUAG